AUGCUUUCCCGCUCUCUCUUGAGGCCCUUUGAAAGCAGCUUUUUCAAAUCUUCCUCGACACUCCCAAUAAGAGUGCUCAGAAACUACACAAGCUCGCUGAAAAAUGAGCAAGACAAUACCACCCAUUUUGGGUUCAAAACUGUGAACAAGGAUGAGAAGGAACUGAUGGUGAGAAACGUUUUUUCCUCUGUGGCGUCAAAGUACGAUGUGAUGAACGACGCCAUGUCGUUUGGCGUUCACAGAUUGUGGAAGCACCACUUCAUUAACAGAUUGGAUGCUGGUAUGAGACCAGGAGCUACUCGUCCAUUAGAUUUCUUGGACGUGGCUGGCGGCACUGGAGACAUUGCAUUUGGGUUAUUGGAGCACGCUGAGAAGAAUUUUAACGAUGUUCAAUCUACCAUGACGGUGGCUGACAUCAACCCAGAGAUGUUGGCCGAAGGUGAGAGACGUUUCCAAAAAACCAAGUGGAACGAUGGCAGCGGCAGAGUCCAGUUCAUCGAGCAGAAUGGUGAAAUCAUGGAUGCCAUCCCAGACAACUCUAAGGACGUGUAUACUAUUGCAUUUGGUAUCAGAAACUUCACCGAUAUCCAGGCUGGCUUGAACACUGCCUACCGUGUUUUGAGACCAGGUGGAAUCUUCGCUUGUCUUGAAUUCUCUCACGUUGAGAACCCUAUCAUUGACUAUGCAUACCAAGCCUACUCGUUCAGCAUGUUGCCAUUGAUGGGCCAGUUGAUUGCUGAUGACAGGGACUCGUAUCAGUACUUGGUUGAAAGUAUACGCCGCUUUCCAAAACAGGAGGAGUUCAGCAGUAUGAUCGAGAAGGCUGGUUUCUACGUUCCAGACAAGGGUUAUGAAAAUUUGACGUUCGGCGUAGCUAGUAUUCAUGUUGGUGUCAAGCUUUAA